AUCCUUUACCAGGUUAAAGGUUGAGGGCGGAGUGGAAACGGAAGCCUGAAAGGUGUGCCGGCGGCAGCAGGUCCAGGCCCUAGGCAGGCCCACGUGACCCCAAGAACACGCGUGGACAGGAGCCUGGGGCCGGAGGUGGGGGCGUUGUGCACUGAGGUCCCCAGCAGCACCCCGGCCUUCAGCCGCACAGGUCUCUGGUGUCCCGCCCCGCCCCCAGGGCGCCCUGACUUUCCGUAAAUGACGGCGGCCAGGAAGCUCAGGGGCCGCACAGGAAGGAGCGGGGACUUUCCUGUCGCAGCUCCACGGCCCCUGCCUCGGCGCGGCUGAAGGUUACACUCAUGGCACCUCCAAGUGAAGAGACACCUCUGAUCCCGCAGCGCUCUUGCAGCCUCUCAUCCUCAGAAGCAGGGGCGCUGCACGUGCUCCUUCCUUCCCGGGGACCUGGGCCUCCCCAGCGACUGUCAUUCUCUUUUGGGGACUACGUGGCUGAGGAUCUGUGUGUGCAGGCUGCCAAGGCCUGUGGCAUCCUGCCUGUUUAUCAUUCGCUCUUCGCUCUGUCAACCGAGGACUUGUCUUGCUGGUUCCCUCCAAGCCACAUCUUCUCCGUGGAGGACAUGGACACUCAAGUCUUGGUCUACAGGCUCCGCUUUUAUUUCCCCGACUGGUUUGGGCUGGAGACAUGUUACCGCUUCGGGCUGCGCAAAGAUUUGACCAGUGCCAUCCUUGACUUACAUGUUUUAGAAAGCCUCUUUGCCCAGCACCGCAGUGACCUGGUGAGCGGGCGCUUUCCCGUGGGCCUCAGCCUGAAGGAGCAGGGAGAGUUCCUGAGCCUAGCCGUGCUGGACUUGGCCCGGAUGGCUCGUGAGCAGGCCCAGCGGCCGGGAGAGCUUCUCAAGAGCAUCAGCUACAAGGCUUGCCUGCCGCCCAGCCUGCGCAACCUGAUCCGGGGCUUGAGCUUCAUGACGCGCAAGCGCAUCCGCAGGACCGUCCUUCAGGCGCUGCGCCGCGUGGUCGCCUGCCAGACGGACCGCUACGCGCUCAUGGUCAAGUACAUCCUGGACCUGGAGCGGCUGCACCCAGAGGCUGCCGCCGCGGAGACCUUCCGCGUGGGGCUCCCGGGAGCGCAGGAGGAGCCAGGGCUCCUGCGCGUGGCGGGAGGCAGCGGCAUCGCAUGGAGCUCCGGGGACCAGGAGCGUUUUCAAACCUUCUGUGACUUUCCUGAAAUCGUGGAUGUCAGCAUCAAGCAUGCCCCACGCGUGGGUCCGGCAGGGGAGCACCGGCUGGUCACCAUCACCAGAAUGGACAGCCACAUCCUGGAAGCGGAGUUCCCGGGGCUACCUGAGGCGCUGUCCUUUGUGGCCCUCGUGGAUGGCUACUUCCGUCUGAUCUGCGACUCCAGGCAUUACUUCUGCAAGGAGGUGGCGCCUCCGCGGCUGCUGGAGGAAGAGGCAGAGCUGUGCCAUGGGCCCAUCACGUUAGACUUUGCCAUCCACAAGCUGAAAGCUGCUGGCUCCCUCCCUGGCACCUACGUUCUCCGCCGCAGCCCGCAGGACUAUGACAGCUUUCUUCUCACGGCCUGCAUCCAGACCCCCCUUGGCCCCGACUGCAAGUGCUGCCUCAUCCGCCGGGACGCCCGCGGGGCCUUUGUGCUGGUCGGCCUCAGCCAGUCCCACAGAAGUCUGCGGGAGCUGAUCGCAGCCUGCUGGCACUCCGGGCUGCACGUGGAAGGCGCUGCCCUGCGCCUCACAUCCUGCUGUGCCCCCAGACCUAAGGAAAAGUCCAAUUUGAUCGUGGUGCGAAGGGGCUGCACUCCCCAGCCAGUCCCCGGCCGUUCCCGGUCCUGCUGCGUGCUGACCCAGCUGAGCUUCCACACAAUCCCAGAGGACAGCCUGGAGUGGCACGAGAACCUAGGCCAUGGCUCUUUCACCAAGAUCUACCGCGGCCGCCGGCGGGAGGAGGUGGAUGGUGAGGCACGUGACACGGAAGUCCUCCUGAAGGUCAUGGAUGCCAGACACCAGAACUGCAUGGAGUCCUUCCUGGAAGCCGCAAGCCUGAUGAGCCAGGUGUCCUACCCGCACCUCGUGUUGCUGCAUGGCGUCUGCGUGGCGGGAGACAGCAUCAUGGUGCAGGAAUUUGUGUACCUAGGAGCAAUUGACACGUAUCUGCGCAAGCGUGGCCAUCUGGUGGCGGCCAGCUGGAAGCUACAGGUGACCAAGCAACUGGCCUAUGCCCUCAACUACUUGGAGGACAAAGGCCUCCCUCAUGGCAAUGUCUCAGCCCGGAAGGUGCUCCUGGCUCGCGAGGGGGUUGAUGGGAGUCCACCCUUUAUCAAGCUGAGUGACCCUGGUGUCAGCCCCACCGUGCUGAGCCUGGAAAUGCUCGCCGACAGGAUCCCCUGGGUGGCCCCGGAGUGUCUCCAGGAAGCCCAGGCGCUCGGCUUGGAGGCUGACAAGUGGGGCUUCGGCGCCACGGCGUGGGAGGUGUUCAGCGGGGCGCCCGUGCACAUCACCGCCCUAGAACCCGCCAAGAAGCUGAAGUUCUACGAGGACCGGGGCCAGCUGCCCGCCCCCAAGUGGACGGAGCUGGCGGGGCUCAUCGCACAGUGCAUGGACUACGACCCGGGCCGGCGCCCCUCCUUCCGAGCCAUCCUUCGGGACCUCAACGGCCUCAUUACAUCUGAUUACGAGCUCCUUUCGGACCCCACGCCCGGCAGCCUGAGUCCCCGAGACGAGCUGUGCGGUGGCACGCCGCUCUCCGCCUGUCAGGACCCCUCCAUCUUCGAGGAGAGACACCUCAAGUACAUCUCUCUGCUGGGCAAGGGCAACUUCGGCAGCGUGGAACUGUGCCGCUACGACCCUCUGGGGGACAACACGGGCCCCCUGGUGGCAGUGAAGCAGCUACAGCACAGCGGGCCAGACCAGCAGAGGGACUUCCAGCGGGAGAUUCAGAUCCUCAAGGCGCUGCACAGCGACUUCAUCGUCAAGUACCGGGGAGUCAGCUACGGGCCCGGUCGCCAGAGCCUGCGGCUGGUGAUGGAGUACCUGCCCAGCGGCUGCCUGCGGGACUUCCUGCAGCGCCACCGCGCGCGCCUGCACACCGGCCGCCUGCUGCUGUUUGCCUGGCAGAUCUGCAAGGGCAUGGAGUACCUGGGCGCGCGCCGCUGCGUGCACCGCGACCUGGCCGCCCGCAACAUCCUGGUGGAGAGCGAGUCGCACGUGAAGAUCGCGGAUUUCGGCCUCGCUAAGCUGCUGCCGCUGGGAAAGGACUACUACGUGGUCCGCGAGCCUGGACAGAGCCCCAUCUUCUGGUACGCCCCCGAGUCCCUCUCAGAAAACGUCUUCUCCCGCCAGUCUGACGUGUGGAGCUUCGGCGUGGUGCUGUACGAGCUCUUCACCUACAGCGACAAGAGCUGCAGUCCCUCCGCCGAGUUCCUGAGAAUGAUAGGGUCAGAGCGUGAGGGGCCCACGCUCUGCCGUCUCCUGGAGCUGCUGGCCGAGGGCCGCCGCCUCCCGCCACCCCCCACCUGCCCGACCCAGGUUCAGGAGCUCAUGCAGCUGUGCUGGGCACCCAGCCCGCAGGACCGGCCGGCCUUCGGCACCCUGAGCCCGCAGCUGGACGCGCUGUGGCGUGAAAACCCGGGAUAACAGCCUGGAACAGGGGUGUAAGUGUGUGACCAGGCCCUGCUUCCCCGGCACGUCCUGCAGAGCUCGACCCCGGCAACCUCAGGUGCCAACACCGCCAUCCAGCCUCAGCCAGAAUCCAGCCACAUCCCCGAACUCCUGACCCCAGGUCUGGGCCAGCGUCUGUCCGCUCCCCGCUGCCCGUGGGCUCCUGGGGGCCGUGAGGCCUCGGCAUGGCCUCUUUGCAGAUUGGGCCCUGGGGUGUUUGUUGAAUGAAUAAAUGACUUCAAUAAAAAUAA